AUGACAACUGUCUCUUCGGAACAACAACCCGCAUCACCUACCAUGACAAGACCCAGUCCUCAACCUGACGAACGACCUACUCACAACGAGGAUGGUCUACCUCUAUACUGCUUGUGUCGACGACCUGAUGAGUUCGGAUUCAUGAUUGAAUGUGACUAUUGCAAAGAGUGGUAG